CUUGCCUCCGUUCCCACAAAAGGAAGACGGGAGCGCGUGCACCGCACCUCUCUUCGCAAGCCAUGGCCGCGUCCGAGCAGCCCCUGAAGAAGCGGAAGCUCUACGAGCCCCGACCGGAGCCGCCGUCCACGCCCCCGCCCCCGCCCCACCAGCCCCCGCCCCAGCCGCCGCCGCCGCCGCCGCCCCAAGCCCUAGCUCGCCCCGACCUCCUCGCCGCGGCGGCGCCUCCGCCGCCUGCGCCCCCCUCGCCCCCGGGGCCGCCGUCUCAGGAGGACAUCGCCGCGAGGAGGAGGAACAGGGAAGCGAUUCGGGCCGUGUACGAGGCCUACAAGCGGAUUAGAUUUUGCAUUGGUCAGAAGGAGCCGCGCCUCGUGCCCGACUUGGAACAGGCUUAUCUGUCCCUCAUUGCUGCCGCGCAAGGUUGUUCUAGUGUGCAACGGAUUGUGGUUGAUCUUAUUCCACGAUAUGCGUCAUACUGUCUGACUGCUCUAGAAGCUGCAGCAAAAGUCUUAGUCAAUAUGUACAAUUGGAACCUUGCAAUUAUAACAAAGGGAGAGGAUGCUGAUGGAAUUGCAUUUCAGACUUCUAAAGCUUGCAUUCUUGGUCUAGUUGAUGUUUGCGGCGCAGCUUCUUCAUCGGCACCGACGUCAUCUGUUAUCCAAGGCAUAUGCACAGCUGUUUUUAACAAUGUGCUCAACUUUUUCAUAUCCUCUUUUGAGGGAAGUAGUAUUAUCCAGAUCAUCGGUAAACAAAAUUUGAAGAUGCCAGAUUCUGAUGAGAUUUUUUCUGAGCUCAAGCUGAAAUAUUUAGGUGGAGAUGAUUCUCCACUUAUUAGAUUGUCUAAGUUUCGUGCGCUGAGUACUCUUCGGAUCUUCUUUGCUUGUACUAAGAACAUGCUCGAGGCUUGUUUUGAGCUCCUUAACUCCUCUGUAAUGGAAGGAACUCAAAACAGAGGGUUUUAUUUCCUAAAUCAGGUAACGAGCAGGCUUGAUGCUGAUGAUGUGGCUUGCCUUAUGGAUAACUCAAGUGAUGAAGCUAAGUCAUGUACAGGUUCUGUUAGAACCAGCAGAGACAGGAAUGAGGUUGUGAGUGCAGACCUACCAUUAGAUGGUGAAAGUUCCUCUAUGAAUGGAUCUUUAGUUCCGAAGAAUUGCUUGUUAGGACUGGCAAUUGCCAUAGAUUCAUCCUUGAGGAGUUGGAUUGUCAGGAAGUUGAAGAAAUUAAAAAGAUUGGCAUCUUCUAAAGCUAUAUCAGAAACAUUAUCUGCCUUUGAAGCCCGCUUGGAAUCUCUGAGCGAAUUGGUCAACUUAGAGGAGAGUCUAGCGGAGAGUGAUGAAGAUGAUUCUGAUCCGUCCACAUCUUUUAAUGGACAUUAUUUGAGGCGUGGGGUUUCUAAUCAGCGUGCUAUCCCCAGCAAAUCAUCUUGGGAAGAUGAUAAUGUAAGAUCUCAUAAUGGAUCGUGCAGUGAAGAUUUUACCCAUAAAUUCCCUAAUCGACAUUUAAAACCUCAGGCUUGUGUAGUUCCUCUCGGUAUGGAUCAUCACUCUAAGAUUGGUGAUCGUGGUCGCUCAGGAUCCAGCUCCUUGUGCCUUGAGAUUGUAGAAAAUGGUGAAUUUUCAGGUAACAUAUCUUCUUGCACACCCAGAGAUGUGCCCGAGCACCACUUGCUUUCACCUGGUAACAGAAAACAGUUAUAUUCCAGGGCUAAUUCAUUUAAAGGGAGGAAGGACUUUUCUAAUAUUGACUCUAAUCACGUCUCUAAAACAGAGGCAACCUCACCUCACAUGAGACCUUCUGCAGGAAGUGCCCCGAAUAGUUUGAAUUCCCCUAAAGGUAAUUAUGCAGUACCAAGUGGCUUUCCGAGUCAAAUAGUUUGGUUCUCUGAUGGUGAACCGGCAGCUAUGGAUGUAUACUCUGCUUCUAAGCAGCUGUGGGUGGGUGCUUUGGGUCCCGAUGUAUCUGAAGCUCAUGUGAGAUUUGAGGCAGAUAAGUUUGGUCCUGUCGAACAUUUAUUUUUCUAUCCAAGAAAACAGUUUGCACUUGUUGAGUACAGAAAUAUCAUGGAUUCUAUUAGGGCUCGGAAUCAUAUGCGAAGACAUCUUCCAUGGUACAUUAAGUUUUUGGAUAUAGGACUAGGAACUCGGGGAUCUAUAAAUGGUGUGGCCGUUGGUUAUAGCAAUUUUGUUUAUAUUGGGAAUGUUUUGGGUCAGUGGAUGAAGGACGAGUUACUGAAUGAAUCAAGGAAAGCACUUUACAAGGGCCCUUAUGCAGUUACUGAUCUAGGCAAUGAAGGUGCGAUGCUACUGGAGUUUGAAACUCCCGAGGAAGCUUCUGCUGUGAUGACUCAUCUAAGACAUUAUCGAAUGGAAAUGAUUAAACGCCUUCCACCAGGGCCAAGUAAUUUUAGAAUAUCUCCCAUGGAUACUCCUGGAUCUUCAAGAAGCAAUAACUAUGCAAGCUUUUCUAACAAUAAUGUUGGCUCGCCUCAGUCUCAGACAGUGCCUCAGAGCCCUGCUGGCAGCUCUAGGAUGUCUCAGCUACGUUCUUUACUCUCUUCGUUGCGUUCAAAGUAUAAUGUUGGAAACUGGCAAUCUGCAACCUUGAGAGGAGAAAAUAAAAUGCCAUCAAGCACUCUUUGGAUACAGCAUCCUCCGAAUGUCAACUCAUACAUCAUGGAUGAUGAAAUAUUGGCCAUUUGCAAACUUGCUAUUGGCAAUGUAGGCUCCAUCAGUCAGGUGACCCGCAAUAAUACGCAUGUGGGAUGUGGCUGGGUGGUUGAGUGCAGCAGCGUUGAUGCUGCCUUUUCUGUUUUGAGAAAUCUUCAGGCUUGUCCUCAGAUGUUCCUUCAGAUUGAAUUCAGUCAAUUGGAAAAGCAACAAGUCCCUCCUGUCUCAUUAAACCCAGAGAGUAGUUCGAUGGGUUUAGUCUCCCCAAGGUUGAGACCUGAAAACAAUGGAACCGCAGUACAAAAUGCGCACUGGGAUGCUUCUAGUGGUGCUGAGCAGAACAUGGUGGUGGAUUCUUCACAGUGUGGUCCACCUAUGGUUUCUUGUACUAAUGGAGGAGCAUGGAUGUACAACAAGCCUGAAGCAGAACAGCAGUCAGCUUCCGGGAGUAUAUCAUGCAUGCCAAUCGCAGCGCAAGGCCCUGUUCUGGCACCUCAGCAAAUUCCGGCAUCUCCAUACAUGAGACCCAUGUAUUUUACCCCGCCCAAUCCAUGGGAUGUACGAGGUUCUAGUCAUCACAUGUCCAUGAAUCCAGUAACGGGGUCAGUGCAAAGUAAUUUUCAAACCAAUGCUGUUGCUGCCCCUUAUCUUCCUCCUUCUGUGACCCCUCUGGCGCAGAUACAGGGAAACUUGGUGAGAAAUGACCAAACUUUUAUCCCUCCUGUGCCUUUGACAUCCCAGCCACCUCAGCCUGAUAUGCCACCUCCGCUACCUCCAUCUCCCCCUCCUUUACCUCAGUCACAACCACCUUCAGCCCCCCCUCCACCAAAUUCUCCUCCCCCUCCUCCACCUCCUCCCCCUGUUGGAGAAUCCUCCAACGAGAAAAGGUCAGGACAUGAUCCUCAGUACAAGUGGCAGGGAAAAUUAUCUAAGAGUGGGGUUCACUACUGCACAAUUCAUGCAUUCAGAGUGGAGUCAAAUACGUGCAAAUAUUCAAAUGGCCUCUCUGAACCUACUGAGUGGCCUGUUAAACUAGAUAUGACAAAACGUACUGAUUUUCGGCAUGUAAGGUCAACCUUUACCAGUACUCCGCCACAUAGGAGAGAAGUGUGCCAGCUGAUCCCGUCUUCUGCAGCUGACUAUAAAGGCUUUCAGGAUUUUAUAUCAUACUUGAAGCAGAGGGAAUGUGCUGGAGUUAUUAAAAUUCCUGCUGUAAAUUCUAUAUGGGCAAGGCUCCUGUUUAUUCUUCCUUAUUCACAGGACAUUUGUUCUCUGCUCUCAAUCGCUCCGAAUCCAGUCAACUGCCUUCUUGUGUUGGUUUUGCCAAAAGAAACGAACUUUGAGUGGAUGGUUGCUUCUCAUUGUCGUGUGACAUUUAAUAAGGAAAGGCGCUACCCAGAAAAGUACAUUCUGUUGGCAUUGGCAAUCAUCUGUGCCUUUGUGAAUGGAGAAUCAGAUCUGGCUCCAUUGAUGCUCGACAGCAUACGCUCGCCUCCUUCCAUCCAUCGUCUCCUCCUCCUUCCUUCGCCCACCAAAUUCCUCCUCAUUCAAAUGCCUCCCGCCAAGCCGCAGCAGCGGUUCGUCCCCAAAUCGCCGGCCACCCCCGCCGCCACGCUCUCGAGCUCCCUCCGGGGCCCGCCGGCUUCGGAUCGAUCGGGGGAUGCCCCCUCCUCCGCCGCCGGCGGCAGGGUCCGCCCCGGCGAGAGCGGAGGGUGGGUUCCGUCCGGGGCCCGGGGCGGCCGCGGCCGCUUCGUGAGUUACUUGCCUCAGGAUGAGGCCGUGGCGAGCGGGCUCGGCGCCGAGGAGGGAGGGUCGGAUCCGGUGGAGUCGCAGCGGGUGGUGGAUCUCCUGAACGGAGAGCUGUCGCGGUUGCUCAGGCUCAAGCCCAGAGAGUUCUGGAGAGAAGUGGCUACUGACACUUCAUUGCACGAAUUCCUGGAUAGCUUCCUAAAAUAUAGAAGCAGAUGGUAUGACUUCCCUCAUCGCGGCGCCAAAGGAAUAGUUGCAGGGGUUAUUGUUGGAGAGCUUGAGUUGAGUCAUCGCGUUUUCAUGGUUCUAUAUCGAAUAUCCUCCAAUAAAGAUCCUGGUGCACGAGCUGCUGAUGCCCUGAGUGCAAAUGAUCAUGAAGUUCUUUUGCAGGAAAAGAAGUUGCUUGACUUGCCUAAAUUGUUGGAUAUAUGUGCCAUAUAUGGUCAUGAAAAUGAAGAUCUGACAAGAUUGCUGGUUUGCAAUGCUUUGAAGGUGCAACCUUGGAUCCAUGAUAAUUUGAUUAGUAUGGUGUCCCACUUCCUGAGUAUAGUCCAAACAAUGUAUGAUCGAUGCAGCGCAUCUUUGGAGUUGCUGUUUUCUUCUGGAAGCCAUGAAGAUCAUGUAGUCAAUCAGCGUUGCUCAGACUUUUUGGAGGUCAUGGACUUUAUAAAUGAUGCAGUUUCAUCUAUGGACGCUUUUGUGACUGCAUACAAACUUGCAGGGGUGCUCUUCUCAUGCCCUGUUGAAACAAGUUAUGGGAAUGAAGAAUUGCUCCCUACCCUUGUGAAACUACAUGAUUCUUUUCUUCCAUCAUUAAGGAGGGGUUUCAGAGUCAUCUUUUCAUCAAGAGAAGAUAGCGCAAAGUCCAACAUCUCUAUUAGUUUGAAAAUGUUAUCAAUGAGAAUAGUUACAUUUGGUUGGAAAUUACUCGAUGCUUGUUAUCUUAGCGAUGAAUUGUUUGAAGAUGGCCAUUACAUGCCUACUGCCACCAAGAUAUUCCCAGCAAAAGUAGAAGAUCCUGUCGUAAGGGCAGACAUUGUGAUUCAAACUUUUAGGGAGCUGAACAGUUUUUCUCUCCAAGAACAGGGGAGUCAGAAUAUUGAGACGUUUCUUCAAAGUGUCGAGAAGAAUUACCAAGUAAUGAGCAGACUUAGGAGCUUGCAAGAUGGAGGAUGGAUAUGUAUGGAUAAGGAACAAUUUCAAUAUUUAUCUGGGAUAUUGAUGUCUUAUCUACCCAUAAGUACCAAGAAAUCACCUCAUGCACCCGUCAGUAAGACCAGCGACGUGGUCCAGCGGGAUGAAAACUCUGCAAUUCUGGAGUCCAAGAUUAGUCAAAUUAGGGACCUCUUUCCUGAUUAUGGUAAAGGAUACCUAGCGGCUUGCCUGGAAGUGUAUGAUGAGAAUCCGGAGGAGGUGAUUCAGAGAAUUCUAGAAGGAACUCUUCACGAAGAUCUUCAAUCUUUGGACCCUUCGCUAGAGACCAUUCCAAUACAAAAGACUACAUCCACUUUAGAGAUUAAUAAUAAAGGGAAGGGGAAGGUUAAUGACAAAGGGAAAGGAAAGUUAUCAGAAUCUGUAUUUGCCCCUUCUUCAAACACUGUGCCUGUAGUUCAGGAGCAACGGGAUGGGGGUUCGUCAUUAUCAUCCUCAUAUUCAGCUGGAAGGUAUGUAAGGAAAUCUCAAGCUGAAGCACCUGAUUCCAAUAUUUUAGAUCACAGAAAUGAAAAGGAUUCAGCUAGGACAUCUGCCUUCAUUUCACAGUACGAGUAUGAAGACGAGUAUGAUGAUUCUUUCGAUGAUCUUGGUCUGGGAGGGGUUGAGUCAGGAUUUGAGGAAAAUGAAAUACUCAGUGACAAAAUCAGCUCAAGCCUGGGGAAGUCAAGUGGGGCGGAUUCCAGGCACCCCGUCCAAGACACACAGAAUGCAAAAUGGGGUUCUAGGAAGAAACCUCAAUACUAUGUUAAGGAUGGGAAGAAUUACAGCUACAAGGUUGAGGGCUCUAUUGCUGUGGCGAAUGCUGGUGAAGCAUCGUUGGUCACGCAGGCACAAAGUGAAUUGAUUCAUGGUCUUGGACGAGGUGGGAAUAUUCCCUUGGGUGCAGUUAAGAAACUGGUGGAGUCUCAGAAUGAACGAGAAAGUCAUUCUGAUUUUCCUGAGACAGAAGGAAGAGGUGGGAGUUCAAAUUCUAGGGGUAGGGGAAGAAGAGGCGGCGGAAGGCACAGAGAGUCGAAUGAGCAAGAGGACGGUGAACGGUCAGACGCUUCUGAGGCGAACACAAGAGGAGGUUCUGGAAACCAGAGGGGAAGAGGAAGAGGAGGUGGAAGAAAUCAUUAUAGGAAGGAUAGAGCCAUGAAUAAGCACUUCUCUGGCCUGAGCGGUCGUUAGUGACAAUCGCACCUUGCUUGGUUCGUCUUUGUUGGGGCAAGCAUUCUUGUUUCUUGAUCAUGCACUUUUGAAUAGAAUGAAGCAGCGGUGGAAUUAAAAUGAAGGGAAACUAGAGGCCGAGCUAGUUGAUAUUCUGAAGUAGGAAUUUUUUGAAGAAAUUCUCUCUCGGGUACAGAUGAAACACAUACUUUGAAGGGGUGUCAUGUGCAUGGCUCUAUGAAAACACGGGGUCAUUCAGAGUACUCAGAAGGGGUAUAAUGUCCAUAGGCACAAGAAGAAGCACCUUUGUUUCCUUCCCAAGUUUUCAGACAAUCUCGAUGAACUAUUUUUUGUCUUGCCAGGGUAGUGGAGGAUAGUAAGAUGCCGGUAUUCGAGCGUACAUUUGAUGACUGUGAGGUAGGUACUUUGAAGCAUAUGUUUGCGAUAAGUCAAGGAGAUAUUUUGCUUAAUCUUUAUGUUGUCUUUGUGACUGUAAGUACGCUUUCCAUACAAAAGAAAGAAAAUAUCGUUCACAUCA